CUGUACACACAGAACAGACCUGCUCUACACGAAAAGCUUAGUAUUGUAACUGGAUAAAACACGAAAAACGAAGAUGGAUUUUAGAUGAAACACGUAAGGAGAAUGAUAUCAGGAUGUAGAGUGUGUGUAUUUGUGUUUGUGUAGUUCUAGUACUGAGUAUAAACCCUAUCGGACAGUACACAGGUGCUGUACUAUCGGGUAUGGCUACGGAUCGACGGUGAACGCGUCGAAACAGUGAGUCUGUGUCAACAACUGAUCGCAUUUGGAACUAAAGUAAAAAAGCAAAUGUGGACAUAGCCUGUGUGUAAAGACACUACUGUUGCCUUCUGUUACCAGGAAAAUGUGAGGAUUCGAGAUACAUACCUGUCGAAAUAGUGAUUACAGGUGCGACAAUGGUACUCGCGUUAUGUCGCUGAGGGAGUACAGUGGAAGCAUUUCGGAGUCUCGGGAGUCUCCAGGUUUUAGUAAUGGCAGGUAUUAUACACUGUGAUGACAACAUGUCAUCCAGAACUUUACGUUACAUUUUUCCUGUGUUAGUAUUACUACAGUUUUUGAUAGCCUUCGCCCAGGGCCAAGGACCAGGAUCAACAUGUAGUAAUGUAGCCAGUGAACAGUUCUCGAUCAAGGAGGGUCUGCCCCAGGGGACCACGGUAGGGUCCAUCAUCACACAACCAUCAUACACAUACUCAUUUAAGGAACCCCAAACUUUAUUCGAGUUGCACACCACAAGUGGGGUUAUCACCACCACAGCAAAAUUAGAUCGUGAGACAUUGACAACAAACCCCAUACAAAUUUUAGUUAUUCGGUCCUUGUUGGGUACAACACAGCAAUGCCCCACAGAAGUCUUCAUAACUGUUGAAGAUGUUAACGACAAUUCACCUGCUUUUCCUCAACCCAGCAUUCAAAUUACGUUCAAUGAAAAUGUCAACAUUGGGUACCAGGUCCCCUUGACAAGUGCCACCGACAAUGAUCAAGGCAGCUUUGGUUCAGUUACAAAUUACACCAUUAUCAACAUGACGGAAUCGGCCAACGAAAAAUUCAGUUUGAUUUACGAUAUCAACCAGUUUGGAGAUGUUCCUCUCAUUCGGGCCAUUGGUGGAUUAGAUCGAGAGGAUAAGAAUUUUUAUCAACUUUGGAUUUCUUGCCAAGAUCAAGGUGUCCCGCCACUUUAUGGAUAUUUGCAGGUGAAUAUUACUAUUGCGGACUACAACGAUAAUGCACCUCAGUUCUCACCAAGUCAGUAUGUUGCCAGUAUUAAUGAGAGUGUACCCGUGGACACCUCUGUUAUUAAAGUAGAGGCCACCGAUAAAGACAUUGGUAUAAAUGGAGAUAUUACGUACAGACUAACCGAUGACAGUAACCAGUUUACCAUUAAUCCGAAAACGGGAGAAAUUUCAACAACAUCCUCACCUCUGAAAUGUAUGCGUCGUUGUGACCGUUCAACCAGUGACACAUGUGAGCCAUCCAGCUGUAUGCUGACCAUUGAGGUAGAGGAUGCAGGCCGUCCUCCCCUGUCCGGGCGUGCUUAUGUAACUGUCAAUGUAAAAGACGAAAACAACAAUGUACCAGAAAUGAAGGUGACCUAUUUACCGAGUGGAAGCCUUGGAUAUUCAACAAUAGAUGAAAAUGCAUCCAAUGGUACAAACGUUGCUAUAAUAAGUGUUAGCGAUAGCGAUACUGGGAGUUACGGAACUAUUUCAGAUGUUCGUAUUGUCUCUGGAAAUGAUUAUAACCACUUCUUCCUUCAAAAUCGUCUCAACAACCAAUUAGAGUUUCUAAAAGUAAAUGGGAAUGGUGUGUUAGAUCGGGAAAGGAUUGAAAAAUAUAACAUAACAAUCAUGGCAGCAGAUGGAGGAAUCCCACCGAAAACAUCUCUCAAAAGUAUUCUCGUUUAUAUCAAAGAUGUCAACGAUCAUCAUCCAACGUUCACAAAAACCCAGUAUAGAGUGUCAUUGAGUGAAACUGUACCAGUCUCUAGCUAUGUGACAAGUCUAACUGCUGUCGACCUCGACACUGGUGACAAUGCUAAGUUAUCCUAUGCCAUUGUUUCAGGAAAUGAGUUCAACUGGUUCAAAAUAGACACGAGUUCUGGCCUUGUCACUACUCGUGCCACAUUGAGGUACGAGGUCCAGACCCAAGCUGUUAUGAAUGUCUCGGUACAUGAUGGAAGUUUGAACCCUCUGUAUAACUUUACAACACUGAUUGUUACUAUUUCGGAUGAGAACGACAUUACACCAACAUUUGACCAUCAAAUCUACAAUGCCUCCAUAGCUGAAGGAUUACAAACGGGGUCAAAGGUCAUUAAUGUUACUGCUAGAGAUGACGACUCCGCCCCCAAUGGAACUGUAACCUACUCGCUACAUCAUGAUGUAGAUGAGCGAUACCCUGGAACAUUUCAACUCGACCCAAACUCUGGUGUAAUUACAACACUGAAGGUCCUUGACAGAGAAACUAUUGCCUACUAUGUGAUCCGAAUCAUCGCUCGUGACGGAGGUGUACCAGCACGGUCUUCUACAGCUACUGUCAAUAUUCAUGUGGAUGAUAUAAACGACAGUAUUCCAGAGUUUUAUCCCAUCGUGUACUAUGCCCAGGUUCUAGAAAACAAGCCUAUAGGGACAAAUGUUGUGAAGGUCUCGGCAGUAGAUCCAGACUAUGGAUCAAAUGGAACAGUCUAUUAUUCCUUCAACGGAAAUUAUCCUCAGUUCAAUGUUGAUCAAAACACUGGUCAAAUAACAACGGCAGACAUAUUGGAUCGUUCUACCCGUUCUACAUACCAGUUGAAUGUCAAGGCGACAGAUGCCAGAGGAAUGACCAACGUACAAACAGCAUCAGUGGAGGUUGUCAUUACAGACCCAAGUGUUACUUCACCUACAUUUAGGAACUUGGUGUAUAAUUUCAGCAUUGUAGAAGACCCACACAAUAUGCCAGUGGUUAAGAAUCGUAAUGUUGGAACCGUCCAGGCAGACGCAGCCAACAUUGGUGUAUCUAUCGUCUAUAGAAUAGUGGCUGGUGAUCCAAACAGUGUCUUCACAAUAAACAGUGACACAGGAAACAUCACGAACAACAAACGUGUGGACAGGGAGGAGAGGGCACAGUAUACCCUAAAGGUCAUUGCUACUGCUGGUGGAUUGUUUGGGGAAGUUACAGUUCAAAUACUUGUCAUAGAUAUUAAUGACAACACCCCUAAGUUUACAAGUUCUAUUGCUGAAGCUAAAGUAGUUGAGAAUUGGCCUGUCGGACAUGACGUGUACUUAGCGAGGGCCACUGAUUCUGAUGCCGGUCAAAAUGCCCAGAUUUCCUAUCGGCUACAGUCAACACCCGAUGUGUUCAAUGUAAAUCCAGCAACGGGAAUGAUCUACUUGGCCAAACCGAUCGACAAGUCGAGUGUUAAAAACUUUGUGGUAAAUGUCAUAGCCUCGGACGGUGGAUCAUCCCAGCUUUCAGCAACAGUGCAAGUUAAUAUUGAAGUGAUUGAUGUCAAUGAUCAUACACCAAUGUUUUCUCAUAGUAACUAUGAAGUUUCUCUGAACGAGUCAUUAGCUGUGAACUCUCAGUUCUUCACUUUGACGGCUACAGAUGAGGAUAGUGGUAAAAAUGGUGAGGUUACAUACAACAUCACAUCUGGGAACGGUGAGGGGAAGUUUGGUAUCUUCCCAGAUGGCAAACUCUUUCUGGCAAGGAUGUUGGACAGAGAGAAGAAAGAUCACUACAAAUUAACUAUAACUGCUAAGGAUAUGAGUGUUGAACAGAGAAGUUCCUCAGCAAACAUCUCCAUCUACAUUCUGGAUGACAAUGACAAACGGCCGCUGUUUGACAAUGCUUCCUACUUAUUUGGUAUCCUAGAAAACCAGCCAGGAGGGACUGUAGUCGGGAUGGUCAAGGCAACAGAUCUGGACAUUGGACGCAAUGCAGAAUUAUCAUAUUACCUAGAUCAGACCCAGGACAACUUCACCAUCGAUGCUCAAACUGGGGAGAUUUUAAGUUUACGGCCCUUUGACAGAGAAUAUCUCAAUGUAACAAUGGGUAAAACAUCCUAUACGUUUUCUGUAUAUGUCACUGACAAUGGUUUGCAGAGACUGACGGACUCUGUAAUGGUAGUUGUUGACGUUCUUGAUGUCAAUGAUAACCCUCCAAAGUUCAAGGAAAAAGUUUACCGUGCAUCGUUACUCGAGGACGCCGCAGAGAACACGCGUGUACUGAAGAUUGGAGCAUCUGACAAUGAUACUAAUGAAAAUGCUGCACUGUCGUAUCUGAUAGUGGAUGGUAAUGUGGAUAGUAGGUUUAAGAUCACUGCUGGGAAUGGACAAAUAUAUUUAAGUGGAGGACUGGACAGAGAAAAUCAGGAAAACUACGUUUUGACUAUUAUCGCUAGUGAUUCUGGGAAGGACAUACAGUACACUGCAACGACAACUGUGUCCAUCACUGUUCUCGAUGUUAACGACAAUGCUCCUCUCUUCGACCAAACUGCUUUUGACAUUGGUAUUUUAGAAACAUCACAGUUAGGUGAAGAAAUAGCCCAUUUCACAGCCACGGACACUGAUCUGGGAGAGAAUGCACAAAUUACGUACAGGGUUAGUGACAAUGGGGGAACGUUCAAUAUAGACCGUAACACUGGAAAACUGUACUUAGAAAAAGCUCUGGACUUUGAAAAGAAAUCGCAAUAUAAUUUGAAUAUAUCGGCUGAGGAUAAAGGAAGGACACCCCUGUCCCAAUAUGCACGUCUGACCGUGCGAGUUCUAGAUGCUAAUGAUAAUGCACCAGACUUUGGAUCCACUCCAUCAUAUGUGACCGUGUCGGAAGAUGUCCCACUCUAUACAAACAUCCUCAAAGUUACUGCAACAGAUCCUGAUGAUGGAAAUAAUGGAAAAGUUGUAUAUUCUCUCAAGACACAAGAUCCACCUGGGGACCAUUUUAAGAUUGAUACUACAAAUGGUUUCAUUUACGUUUCAUCGAUCCUAGACCGGGAGUCAACAUCGACCUUCACCCUUAAGGUUGUUGCGACAGACUCUGCUCUUCCCUCUCAAAGUAAAUCAUCAGAGAAGGAAAUUCUGGUCUACAUUAGUGAUGUAAAUGAUAACGAUCCUGAGUUCCUUUCUAUGGAUGCUAUAGCACUGCCUUAUCCAGCAGGACAAGGUACGUUUGGCAGAGUUGUGGCAAUGGAUCCCGACAAUGGCUCAAAUGGCACUGUUAUGUAUGAACUCACCCAAGGUGAUCAAGAAAAGUUCAGUCUCCUUGAGAAUACAGGUGAGCUUUCUCUUCGGAAAAACAUAGGUCAGACUCCCGUCACUUACAUAUUGAGGGUGAUCGCAAGAGACCAAGGGGUACCUUCACCUCGGUCAACGCAUAUAGACAUCACAGUUAUUCUGGUAGGAACAUCUGGCGGACCAACAUUUAUCGGACUACCAUACCAAGGACAACUAUCGGAAAACCAGCCAGCAGGAAGUGACAUUCUUACCGUCGAAACUGCACCAACAACAUCUACUACGGAAUAUUACAUAACGGGAAUUACUUCGAGUAGAGAAUCCACGGCUAAUUAUUUCAAAGUGAACAAAUUUGAUGGAUCCAUUACAUCAUCAGUUGUGUUAGAUCGAGAAACCCAUGGAGAUAAUUUCACUGUACAAGUGUGUGCCCUUGAAAAGCAGAACUCCGGUCCGAAGGCAACUCUCACACCGGUGCUAAUCACUGUAACGGACAUCAACGAUACACCUCCCAAGUUCAGCCGUUCAGAAUACACAGUGUCCGUACUGGAGAGUUUACCCAUAGGAAGUGAGAUUACCCGAGUGAUCGUAACAGACCAGGACCUCAACGGACAGGUGACCCUGAGAAUUACUGCUGGCAAUGUGGGAAACAGCUUUGCCGUAAACCAGAAUGGUGUUGUGACCGUAGCCAAUAAAUUAAACCGUGAAACUCGUGGUGUCUACGACCUCACCCUCAAUGCCUCUGAUGGCAUCAACACCUCACAGACUACUGUUACCAUCUCCAUCACCGACGUAAACGAUGAAACGCCAUCCUUCAACAGCGCCCUCUAUACUUUCGACCUCCCAGAGGAUAUGGCUCCACACACCACCAUUGGAAGGGUUGACGCUAUUGACAACGACCUUGGGGUCAAUGGAGAGGUCACCUACACACUGUUGUCCCAGUUUGGUGGUGACAUGUUUGACCUGGAUUCAAAGCAAGGCACUUUUACUCUCAAGAACCAGCUUGACUUUGAACAAAUGCAGUUGUAUGUUCUGACGGUAGAGGCCCGUGACCAUGGUGACCCAUCUCUAUCCAGUACUGUGUCUGUAUUUAUGAAUGUCAAGGACAUCAAUGACAAUUCUCCGACCUUUGACCCUGCAUCAUUCAGCACCAAAAUUUUGGAGAAUGUCACAGUGGAUUCCAGUAUUAUCACUGUGUCGGCAUCAGACAGUGAUUCUGACGUGAAUGGGGAGGUGAGAUAUCACAUCGUCGGAGGAGAUCCAUAUGACCAGUUCUCUAUCAAUGUGGUCACUGGUGAGGUGAGGACAGUCCGAUUCCUUGACCGUGAACAGGUGGCGCUGUACAGUUUGGAGGUAACCGCGACAGACCAGGCAGUUCCCGCACGGUAUCAGAAAACUGCCACAACUAAGAUUACCGUGAUUGUGGAAGAUGUCAAUGACAGCUAUCCAAAGUUUGUGUCGCCCUCCGAGAUUUGGAUCAAGGAAAAUGCCCAGGUCGGAGAGGUAGUUGCCAUGGUGACAGCAGAAGACCAGGAUGAAGGUGGCAAUGGAUUAGUUUACUACAGCACGACCAGUACAAAUCUACCCUUCACCAUCGAAAACAUUCGUGGUAAACUCCGGGUCACACAAGCUCUUGACAGGGAGACUGUACCUCAGUACACUAUGAAUGUCAAGGCAACUGACAAUGGAAUUCCUCAGAGGUCUACAGACCAGACUUUGACCAUCCAUCUUGAGGAUGUCAAUGAUAACAGUCCGGUGUUCAGUCAGACGGAAUAUACAGCCACAGUACAGGAAAAUGUAACUGUUGGUUCAACCAUCCUCACUGUUCAUGCACAGGAUGAAGAUGCAGGCACAAAUGGCCUGGUACGCUACUUUAUAAUAGCAGGAAAAGAUAACUCUGAUUUCAGUGUAGACCAGAGCACUGGAGUUCUCCGUGUGAAGAAAAAUCUAGAUUUUGAACGGAGAACUUCUUACAACAUCACAAUUCAGGCAGAAGAUAGCAGCUCUGAUACAAGGUCUGCCCAGGCUUUUGUGAGAAUCACCGUUACGGAUAUCAAUGAUAAUGCCCCAGUGUUCGUAAAUUCCCCAUACAAACCUAUAGUGUUGGAGAAUGCCAUGCCACCUGUACGUGUCAUCAUUGUUUCAGCGAAGGAUGAUGAUUCGGCUCCGUACAACAAAGUAUCUUAUUCCUUUUUGGGUGGGAAUGACGAACAAAUAUUUCAUAUCAACGAAAGUACAGGGGAGAUAACUUGUAACAAAUUACUCGACCGGGAGACUGUCAUGUCAUAUCAACUUGUUGUGCGCGGAAAAGACUACGACCACCCGGGUCCACUAUUAACCGGUACAGGGACGGUAAUAGUCACUGUGGCUGAUGUUAAUGACAACUCGCCUAUCUUUGAACACUUCGGAACUUAUGUCGGACACAUACUUGAAAAUGAGAACCCAAUGACAACCAUAUUGACAGUACAAGCCACUGAUGCAGACGCUGGCCCUAAUGGACAAGUCACGUACCGUUUGGAGAACACUGCUGGUAACAAGUUUAUGGUGAAUCCUGUCACCGGAGUAGUGUCAACCACACAGGCGCUGGACAGAGAGGAGGUUGACCCCACCACUGGACAAGUCCUUGACCAGUACAACCUCAAGGUCAUUGCAUCAGAUGGUGGAUCUCAGCCACGCUUUACCACAAGUGACAUUGUGAUAUAUGUUGAUGAUGUCAAUGAUAAUGAUCCGUUGUUCCUCCGGCCUAGCUACACUCAAGUGGUCAACAAUCCUACGCCAGCAGGUGGUUUUGUGCUAGGAGUAACGGCAGUGGACCAAGACACCAGUUCAAAUGGACAGGUGACAUACCGGCUGACUGGAACUAAUGCUGAUCGUUUUGUAAUAGACGCUGAUCGCGGUAUCAUCACUGCCGCUCAGGACAUUUCCAUCACUGGUGCCCGUUAUGUGUGUUCUGUCCAGGCCUCUGACAAGGGCAGUGAAAGUAGACAAUCAGCUGUGAAUCUGGAGGUAACAGUAGCUUCAGCAAAUAACAACAAACCAACAUUUAACAACAUACCCACCAACCUCCAGAUUGAUGAGAAUGUCAUCAGUGGUUCCCCUCUAACCUCUGUCUCGGCUACCUCUCCGCUCGGGAGGAACAUUAUCUACCUUAUUGCUGGGGGAAACAUAGCCAACACCUUCACCAUCAAUGGUCAGACCGGUGAAAUUACGGUUGGUAACCAGGUUGACUAUGAAAUGGCGUCCAACUUUCAGCUGUGGGUGGAGGCGCGUGAUACAGGAAACCCUGCCCUCUCAUCUUAUGCCCGCAUCAAUGUAGACGUAACAGAUCUCAAUGACAACACACCACGCUUCACCUUCAUGGUGUACUCCCACACGAUUUCUGAAAACCAGCCUACCGUUACAUCUGUCAUCAAAGUCUCCGCUUUUGAUGCUGACGAUGGUGAAAAUGGGCGGAUAACCUACUCUAUACAGGGUGGUGACCCCAACAACAAUUUCACCAUUGAUUCUGUUUCUGGUCUCAUUCGCACACGGACAAUGCUAGACCGUGAAGUCACAGACACUGUCAAUCUCAUCGUCUAUGCAGUGGAUCAUGGUUCCAGAUCCAAUACAGGUUCCACCACUGUACGUAUCACCAUCUUGGACCAGAACGACAACCCGCCGGUGUUUAAGCGUCAGUUCAGUGCCACCAUUAAUGAAGACAUAGAUGUGGGUGUCUUUAUACUACAGGUCACUACAGUGGAUGCUGAUAUUGGCAUCAACGCCAACGUUUCCUACUCCAUGACACACGACAAAUUCGCUAUUGACACACUGAGUGGUAACAUUUCCUCCAAGAGUCACCUUGACCUUGAAGAUAUUACCUCCACAUUUUACAUGCUAGAUGUGAAGGCCACAGAUGGCUACAAUGAUGUUGUGAGCAAGGUCAUUAUAUAUCUCAAGGAUGUCAAUGAUAAGGUGCCUGUCUUCCAGCCCGAGAAUCCAGUGUUCACUUUCCCUGAGCGUCGGUCAUCUGGAACUCCUAUAGGGACAGUCACCGCUUUAGAUGCUGACCGCACCUCCCCUAACAACGAGGUCUACUACACCCUGAAGUUCCCCUCUGAGGAUGUGGUGAUCAACCCUACCAACGGGGGCCUCUCCUCCAAACGCGAACUCGUGUAUGAGCAGAAUAUCACAGCCACCCAUGUUAAUGUCCUGGAAGUUGCUGUCAUUGCUACUGAUCUAGGAAUCCCUCCGUUGUCAUCAGAGACAAUGGUUAAGAUUAAUAUAUUGGAUGCCAAUGACCAUGCUCCAGAAUUUGAAAAGGAUAGUUACUUCUCGGCUGUACCCGUAACAGUAGAACACGGAGCCAGAAUCCUUCAGGUUCAGGCCACAGACAGUCUCGAUGUCGGUGUCAAUGCAGAAGUGGAGUACUUCAUGGUGUCUGGCAAUGGCUCUGGUUACUUCACAGUGGAAAAAAGGACAGGCUUCAUCACGGUGGCAGCUAUCUUGAAUUCUGAUAAACAGGACACUGACUUUAUACUGAUGGUGGAGGGGCGUGACAAGGGUACUCCUGUCAUGUCCUCUGUUACCACGGUGAGACUGCGCAUCACAGGGGUCAACCAGCAUGCACCGGUGUUCGUCACAAAUGUAUUUCAGGUCUUUGUGGAUGAAAAUGUGGCUAUUGGUCGAGAGAUUGCAAAUAUAACUGCCACAGAUGCAGAUAUGACAGGACCUAAUGGUCGAGUACAGUACAGCAUUACCAGUGGUAACCCUGACAACUUGUUUGCUCUAAACAGUGUAAACGGUGCCCUUACAAUAGAGAAAGCCUUAGAUUUUGAAACGACAGCAACACAUCACCUCAACAUCACUGUUAGGGAUCAGGGUCUUCUUUACAAGGAAAUAUCGAGGAUUUUUACUGUGAAUGUACAAGAUGUUAACGAUCAGGUCCCAGAAUUCAAUCAGACUCAAUAUGAUGCUUACAUUGCUGAGAAUUCUCCAAGUGGUGAGAGGGUGAUUCAAGUGAUUGCCACAGAUGCUGACACUGGGAUCAAUGCAGCUAUUGAAUAUCACCUUGAUGAUACCAGUCGAUUCAGUAUCGAGUUAACGACUGGAAUCAUUCGGUCCCAGGGUCAGUUAGACUAUGAGAGUCAGUCCCUGUACACUGUCACAGUAAUGGCUAUCAACCCUGGCACCACAAUGAAAGGCUCCACAAACAUCCAUAUCCAUCUGACCGGGGUCAAUGAGUACUUUCCACGCUUUAUGCAGAAGGAGUACUCUUUCACCAUCACAGAGUCUGUGGCAGAUGGUUCGUCGGUUGGCAGUGUGCAUGCCAGUGACAACGAUAAAGGGGAAGAUGGUAUUGUAUACUACUAUCUGAUUGGCUCCAGUAAUACAAAAGGAUUUAAGAUAAACUACAGCUCCGGCCUCAUCACUGUGAACGGACGUCCUGACUAUGAAAGUUCUCCUCAAAUAGACCUCAAAGUCCUGGCCAAGAACUGGGGCAGUGUCCAGGGUGAUGACACUGACCAAUGUACUGUGUCCAUCAAAGUCACUGAUGCCAAUGAUGCCCCUGUGUUUAAUGAGAGCGUUUACUUGGCGACCGUGAAGGAAGGCUCGGGAGGGGAUGUCAGUGUCACUCAGGUGUUUGCUGUUGACAACGACAACAAGAAAUCUGAUCCACAAUUCUACUAUACCAUUCUAGGAGGGAAUCUUAACAAUGCAUUUAAGAUCAACGCUGGGACAGGAAUCGUGAGCACAUCUGGUUCAGGAAAUCUAGACAGAGAAAUCGAUGCCAUGUACAACAUUACAGUGGGUGCUGUAGACUCGGGCGUGCCACCUCAGACAGGUUCGGCCACUGUUCGGGUGACCCUAGAGGAUAUCAACGAUAAUUCACCGUACUUUGACCCUCUCAUGCCAGUUGGAUACAUUAAGGAGAACAGUCCCAAAGGGUCGUCAGUGAUGAUGUUACUGAGUCAUACAUUUGACAAGGACUUACCUCCUAACUCUGGUACUUAUACCUACACUACAGUGGCCGGGGACGACUACAACUUUUCCAUCUCACCUACGACUGGUCUUGUACAAACCAAGGUAGCCAUUGACCGGGAACAGAAUCUAGAUUUCAGUAUCCCCGUGAUUGUGUCAGAUUCUGGUACUCCCUCUAGGUUAACUUCUACGUUAACAUUCCAUGUGAUUGUGGAGGAUAUGAACGAUGAACCACCGUCGCCUAGGAACAUGGCAGUACAGAUUGCUGUGAUGGAGGCUGCAUUUCCUGUGAUGCCUGUUGCAGAUGUCCGCCCCCUUGACAGAGACACCCUUGGACAGUACCAGUGUUGGUUACAUAGUGACAGUAACAAUAACUUCGAAAUUCCAUCAGAAUCAUGUGACCUUAGGAUACGAAACAAACCAACCGCAUCACAGUAUACCUUAGAUGUUACGGGAUCGGAUGGUCUCAAUUCUCCUAACGCUAACUAUACUGUGAAUAUCAACAUGGUGGCCAUAGACAACGACACCCUCCAGAAUACAGUUAUAGUAAGGAUUGAGAACACGACACCCCGAUCGUUCCUGGAGAAUUCCUAUCCCCUGUUUCUCACCUCCAUGACUCAGCUGUCUGUAGGGGACACUGUCCUAGUCUAUCACCUGACCUCUCUCGGUGACGACACGCUAGUAUUCGUUGCCAUACAGAAGACAGAUGGUGGCUAUGUCCUUGGUGACAUCCUCAACGACAAGAUACUCAACAACCAGGCCAAGCUACAAACAGAUGCCGGGAUCACCAUAACAACAGUCGGGUACUCAGUGUGUGACCCAACAUCCUGUGCUAGUGACCAAGGUGGACAAUGUGUGAAUCAGAUCAGUGUCGGUAAUGGAGCAUCAGUAGCUGAUUCAAGUUAUCAGGUGAUUACCUCCCCUAGUCUGACCCUAGGGUAUUACUGUAUCUGUCCCCCCAACAUGUCCGGGGACAGGUGUACCCAGACCGUGGAGAUGUGUGGUGGCGAUUAUUGUCAGAACUUUGGUACCUGUGUCAAGGAUAACUUUGGUAACCCAGUGUGUGCCUGUACACCGGGCUGGACUGGUACGUACUGUGACUCGGAUGUCUUGGAGUGUAACAGUAAACCCUGUAAUGUGGGCCAGUGUAUAGAGACUCCUGGCUCCUACUACUGUCAGUGUCCUGAUGGUUUCUAUGGUGACCACUGUGAGAAUGGAGACGAUCACUGUAGGAACACACCAUGUAGGAAUGGAGGCACAUGUAAGAACCAACAGGAAGGACAUGUAUGUUUGUGUCCCUUUACGUACUGGGGAGACAACUGCCAGUUCACAAGUGUAGGGUUUGAAGAAGGUUCCUACGCUAAGUUCUUAUUCCCCUCCGUCCAGUACAACAAUUUGAUCGAUGUUACGUUUUCUACUAUGAGGACCAAUGCUCUUCUCCUGUACAACCCUACCCUUACAAAUAAGUUUGUAGCCCUGGAAAUCAUUGGAGGUCAUAUCCAGUUCUCCUUCAACAUCGGCACAUCACAAACUACCAAGAUCAAGGUCAACAAGGACGUGUCAACUGGCCAGUGGUUCAAGGUCAAAGUCACUAGAGUUGGACAGAGAGUAGAUGUCCAUGUCCAUGACUGCCCAGCGACUGGAGAAGAAUGCCUGCCCUGUGAGGAUGGUAACUCCUUCUGUCAUGGUUACAACUCACAGAAUGCAGGGACCUUGUAUCUAGAAGGUGAGUUGAGGAUUGGUGGAAUAGAAGACAUCACAGAAAUCACCAGCAGGAACCAAAUUGUUACACAUGAUUUCAUUGGCUGCAUUAGGAACUUCUACUGCAAUGACAGCAACCUAAUAACACGAUCAGAUUACCUGGCUAAGGUCAAGGUCACAAACACAUGUCCCAAGGUCAGAAGGGAAGAGUGCAUGUACAGGUGUCAUCUGCAGCAAUGGUGGUGUCUGUGUUGAUGAGUGGAGCAAAGCCCAUUGUCGCUGUUCUGAGAAAUACAGUGGUGCCUCGUGUCAGACAGAGAUCAAACCAUUUGGGUUUGGUGCCAACACAUUUGUACGAUUCACACAGAGGGACAGUUACUAUAAAGACAGUGUUGUCGGCACGUCGACAAACAGAAAGAGACGUGCUAUUGGUA